UGAGUAGGGUGUGUAGUGUAAAUGAUUAAUUUACUACCACACCUUAUUUUUUCAUUACUGAAAUACAGAUUUUAAAAAAAUCUAUCAGUUUUACUCGAGCUGGCGCUAAGGCUUGAUAUUAAUAUUUUCUAUAAACUGUAAGAGAAAAAUAAUAUCAUCAAUAGAUAUGCCAGCUGAAAUUUCUGUGACUUCAUCUUCGCUCAUACCAUGUUCUCCUGAACAAAAAUCAGUGCAAUUAGAUAAUUCUACGGAUAUCGAAAUACAGUGGCUAGAAAAAACAAUUUUCGCCGGUCUCAAAGCUUGGCAACUAGCUGGUAUCAUUUUAUCAAUACUUUUGAUGAUGAUUAUUGUUCUUUGUUGCUGUGUAAAAUUUCGCGUGCCAAGAACCAAGCAGAAUAUUGAAGCUGAUUAUGUCCGUAAAAGAAUUACCAAAAGUUUUGGAAAGGAAUUGACGAAGAUUAAUAACAACGAUAUGGACAAAAUAGAUCUUAGAAAAGCAUUGGAACGAGUUCAAGCCGAUCUUGAAACGGACAAAAACGAGCCAGGCGAAGAAAAUAAUGAACAAAAAAAGAAGAAAUUUCUAAAUUUUACUUCAAUUUUUCAUAUUUUCUGA